GGGGCCGGCGCAGGCCACCACAUGGCCUCCUCGAUGCCGAGUGGUUCCCGCGGCCGCUCCGCCGCGGUCGCUCCGGACGUGUGGCAGUGGCCGGAGUGGACCCGUGGAGCGCAAGGCGACGUUCCUCCACGUGGCGGGCGAGGUCGAGGCGCGCUGGCAGCGGGAGCGGCUGCCGCGCUCCAGGUCCGCCCCCGCCGUGCUGCGGGGCGGCGGCCCGGAGCCUGCGCAGGCGGGCGCGCAGCGCUCCAGGGCGCAGCGCAGGAGGCAGCAGAGGGUUGCGGGGAAGAAGAUCGGAAGAGGCGCGAGGAGGCCGUGGCAGCCGCCGCCGGGCGGCCGCCCUGAGCCUGCGCCCUGGUCGCCUCUGCCUCUCGGAGGGCGCACGCCGCAGCAGUGCCUCGCGGGGCGGGCGACCCCGUCGGCGUGCUGCUGUUGA